CAACAAACAAUCAGUUUACCUGUCAGUGCUUGGCAUCUGGCCGUCAACCAACUUUCAGAGUUCGGUUCGGACUAUCUUUUCCCCGUUAGUUUUUUGGGUGUGUUUAUUGAUGAAGUAAUUGAGUAGAGUAGUGAUAGAAACGCGCGGAUAAUUUAAUUAUAAGUGUUGACAAUGUUACGAUCCAUGUUGGAGGUGUUUUGGAAUGAGAAUGUGUGGUUGCCGCCAAAUACAACUUGGGAAGAUAUAGCUCCUGGACCUGAUAAAGCCGUGGUUUAUACUGACUACAGGCACCUUCUGUACCCUUUACCACUAGCUUUACUGCUGAUACUCCUAAGACGUGUAUUAGAAAAUUACUGGUUCGCCCCUUUUGGUAAAUCAUUAGGUAUUAAGAAUACAAGACCAAAGAAAGCCUCCAACAUCCCCCAGCUUGAGGCUGCAUAUCAGAAGUCAUCAAAGAUAAAACAUAAACAGUUCUUUUUGAAGGAGAAGAUAACAGCCCUAGCGAAGCAGUUAGACCUGAGUGAGCGACAAGUGGAGCGCUGGUGGCGCCACCGUCGCAGUCAAGAUAAGCCUUCAACUCUAGUGAAGUUCUGCGAGAACGCUUGGAGAUGCCUCUUCUAUUUGUACAGUUUCUCGUACGGAUUGUUCAUAUUGUGGGACAAGGUGUGGCUCUGGGAUAUAGACCAUUGCUAUAUCGGUUACCCGCAUCAUGGCGUCACCAACGACGUGUGGUGGUACUACAUGAUCUCCUCGGCGUUCUACUGGUCCCUGACCAUAUCCCAGUUCUGGGACGUGCGCCGCAAAGACUUCUGGCAGAUGUUCGUGCACCACAUCGCUGCCAUCGCCUUGCUCUCCUUCAGUUGGGUGUGCAACAUGCACAGAAUCGGAACCUUGGUGUUGUUGUCGCAUGAUUGCGCCGAUAUAGCUUUGGAGGCGGCAAAAGCAGCAAAGUACGCGAACUACCAGAAACUAUGCGACGCGCUGUUCGCAGUGUUCACAGUGCUGUGGAUAAUCACGCGUUUAGGAAUAUACCCCUUCUACAUUCUGUGGAGCACUCUGAUCCGCGCCCCGUCGCUUCUACCGAUGUUCGCCGCGUACUACAUCUUCAACUCACUCCUGUGCCUUCUACUCUGUCUGCAUUUAGUGUGGACGUGGCUCAUCUUGCAAGUGGCGUACAAAACCAUCACUAGCGGCCAGAUGGAAGGCGACAUCAGGAGUUCCAGUUCGGAACUGAGCGACAGUUCCCACUCGCAGUCCAACCACAAUACGCCGAAUCGACUCAACAAUAAGAAGGAAACAUAGGAUCCGGAUUCCAUCUCGCUCGCACAACUACAGCUUUACUGCGCCUGACAAGGAUAGCCUAUAUUUAUCACUGCCGUGACAAAGCGGGUGCUCUGAAAGUUAGAACACUUGAUGAAAUGCCUUUUCAAAGAAAAUUAAGCCUUAACGCUUAGUAAUAAGAUCGUACUUAAUUUAAAAAAUGUACCUUAACGGAGAAACCACAAAAGUUUAAACUUCGAUGCAAAAUCUAAGUAAAAUUUUAUAUCUAUAAUUAGAGAGGAGCUUUCUGAAAGAAAAUUGCUAAUUCAUAUCUACCUUAUAUUGCAAACAAUGACAAAUAUGAAUGAAUAAGUAUAUUUUGCAAUAAAAAAGCGCCGCAGAGCAAACAAAAUUUGUGUAAAAAUUAACGAGUAAGUAAUAAUAAAUAUAUAUUAUAACAAGUUGAUAUAAAAGAGGCUAGCAUCGCACGAUUAAGAGGAGUGCAAUAUUAUUGAAAAAUGAGCCACAGAUUCUAAUAACGCUAAUCAGAAAGACGUCAAAAUUUUCAUGAGAUUGUUUCUUAAUGAGACAAUAAAAUGAGCGCUAAAAAUCCGUUCUUCGUAUCCGCCUUGAAGGACCAUGUUAAAUUGUUGAAUUGGAGUGAAAAUUAAUAGUUGUUUCUUUCUGGAAACCAUUGUAAUCAAACAAAGGCAACGUGCAGAUAACUUUUCUUUCGACGUAUCCGGCUCGAAGGACCAUCUUGUACAAACUUUUGUAUGAAUUUAAAGUUAUUUCCUGCUGGAAACCACUGAAAUUAUUGUAAAUGCAUCACACAUCAUCACAUCAUAUUCCCACCACCUUAUUGAAACCACAUCGAGGCAGAGAACACAUUGUGUUGUGAAAAUUGAGUGAAAUGUUACAAUGAUAUCACAAAUUUGUGUUACAUGUUCACCACCAAAUUGUGACGAGAAGUGAUUUCGUGAAGUUUUGUGAAGUGAAGUAUAAUUGGUGAUUCACUUCUCGUAACUGUCAAGUUGUCAAGCAAGAAAUUCCAUAUUGGUAACUGAUUAUCAAAUAUUAGUUACAAAGGUGGACUGAAGGUGAAUUGGAUUCCAUCGGGUAAGGCUAGAAUACUAAAGACUUUAAUGCUAAUCAUAUUUUCAUUUUAUUGAUUUUUCAUUUAAACAUCUUCCCGGUCACUUCCUUACCCAUGCUUUGGAGUCCGGGGUUAUGUUUUGAGUAUAUUUAAUACUUAUUACUUAUGUGUUUAGGUAUUUGUCACAAAAAGAAAUUCUUUGGAAGGUUAUAAGUGAUAUUUAUUAUCUUUCUAAAGAUAUCUUAUUUGACUAACAUUAAUAAUAAUUGAUUUAUAAGGUUCGAAUUACAUUCACAGCUUUUUUAUUCUAAGGAGCUUUAAAAUCUCCUUUUAAGUAAAUUUUAUGUUAUACCAAUUUUCAAAUAUUAUCACUAUUUUUACUUUUGUACACUACGGUAUUACCAAUUUUUAUUUUGGUUGUGGAAUGCUACUGUGACCUUUAAUACUUAUCGUAGAUUAAUAAAUAAUUUAACUUUUCCUAUCUUCGUCUAUAAUAAAUAAAAUUAAAUAACUAAAAUAAAAAUUAUAAAUUUUAAAGUUAAAUUAUUUAAAAACAUAUCCUACAUAUACAUAUUGGACAAGUUUUUGCCUGCGGCCUCGUAAGCCUACAUCGCAUAUCCCACGGGAACAGUGCAUUUGUUUAGGCUUCAACCUUAAUGAAUAUUUAUGUUCUUCUUAUUAUCUUACUAAUAAUGUGCCUGCAGUGUCAAGAAUAUUGGUUUAAAAGAUAAAGCGUAAAGAAUUAAUAAACAAGUUUUCGAUAUUCGAAAUGGUAAUAAUUUUUUUUCUGGAGGCUUAAUUUUGUUAACUUUAGACAACAGUUAAAAUGAAAACCUCUGGUCAAGUUUUGUAUGAUGAGAAGGUUAUGUUUCUUUGCUAUUGUCUGUGCCUCAUGCAUUGUUCAGAUGUCUUUUGUCUUGUUGCAAUAUAGAGUUUGUUUAUUUAUUGAUCUAGUGGUCAAAAUUCAUUAUCGCUUUUUAAUGUUCUUCUUAAAAAAAUCAAGAAUAAAAAUAGAAAAAAAAUUAUAUGUGAAUGUCUUUUAAAUUAACUGAAAGUACUUUUAAAUAAAGUAAAACAUUCAGUAUUUUCGUUAAAAAGAAGAGAUUAUAUCGAGAAUUGUUAUUAUUUUUUUAAUUAUUGCUGAGUUUUCGGGGCCAGAUUUUGGUGCUUCU